AUUGUCAGGCAGGCGCGGCCGGCGGGCGGCGGGCGCUGGCUGCCCUGGCUGGGGCUCGCCCUGCUGCCGCUGGCCGUGCCCCCCGCCGCCGCCCCCGCCGCCUGCCCCUCCGCCUGCUACUGCGUGGCCACCCCGGAGCUGGUGCAGUGCCGCUACGAGAGGCUGGAGGAGCCCCCGCGGGAGCUGCCGGCCGCCGUCCAGAACCUCAGCAUCGCCGGCAGCAACCUGAGCGUCCUGUCCCGCGCCGCCUUCGCCGCCCGCCCGCUGCGCGACCUCCGCCUGCUCCGCCUGCGCCACGACAACAUCCACACCAUCGAGGACAUGGCCCUGCAGGGCCUGCCCGCCCUGCGCACCCUCGACCUGAGCCACAACCCGCUGCGCUCGGUGGCCGCCGGCGCCUUCGCCGGGGUGCCGCUGCUGCGCACGCUGCAGCUGAACCAGGCGCUGCUGGCGGCCCCGCUCGAGGAGCAGCUCGCCCUGGCCACGCGCAACCUCAGCCUGCGGCGCCUGGAGCUGGCGGGCAACGCGCUGCAGGCGCUGCCGGCCGCGCUGCUGCCGCCCGGCCUGGAGGAGCUGGACCUGCGCAACAACUCGCUGCAGCGGCUGGCGGCCGCCGAGCUGCGCAGCCUGGACGCGCCGGAGCUGCGGGGGCUGCGCCUCAGCCUGGGCUCCAACCCGCUGAGCUGCGACUGCGGCCUGCGGCCCUUCCUGGCCUGGCUGCGCGCCGCCGCCGCCCGCGUGCUCGACGCGCGGAGCCUGCGCUGCGCGGGGCCGCCCCUGAGGCUCCUGCGGCCCGAGGCGCUGGCCUGCGCCCGCGGCGACGGCGGCGAGCCCGGCGAGCUGGAGACCGCCUCCUACGUCUUCUUCGGCAUCGUCCUGGCGCUCAUCGGCGUCGUCUUCCUCAUGGUGCUCUACCUGAACCGCCGCGGCAUCAAGCGCUGGCUGCACAACCUGCGCGAGGCCUGCCGCGACCAGAUGGAGGGCUACCACUACCGCUACGAGCAGGACGCCGACCCGCGCUGCGCCGGCACCCCCGGCCUCUGACGGCGGCCCCGGCACCCGGCCCGGCCCCUGCGGCCUCGGCCCCUCGACGCCUCCGCGCCCGGCCCCGGCCCGCCCGUCCCCUUGCCGCGGCACCGCCGAAAAUCGGUCUGUGAGGACGAGCCGGCCUCGGGUGCGCCAGCGCGGGGUGACCCUCCCUGGAGGGCUCCGGACCGGCGCCCCUUGCCGCGCCCUCUCCGACCCGACGCGUUCCCGCAGGGCACCAGGCUGGACCGUUCCCCCGUCGCGGUGUGCCCAGGCGGGGAGCACGGCGGCUCGGCCCCGGAGCAUCGGGAAGCUCCCAGGGCCGGUCCCUCCGGCACACGGGAUGCGCGGCUCGGCCCUCGGGUGUUUGCUUGGCACAGCCCGGGAAAGCCACCGGCAGUACCUGAAACUGUCCUCCUGGACGUUCCUGGAGCCUCGACUUGACUUUGACCAUGUACAGCUCACUUUCCUAGUAGAUUUCUAUUUGACAGGCGCAAAGUUAAACUCGAUUUCUUUGUUUUUUCCCUUUUUGCUGCAAAGAGGAGAACACGUCCAGCUGCUCCCCCCGGGAGGCGACGUGCUUUCGCGAGCCCGUUUAUCCAUAAGGUUUUGUUCAAUGACAUUUCCAGCCCGUUCUAGGCACCAGGCGAUGCAGCUGUAGGAAACGCCUCCGCCGGCUGCGUGCAUGUUCCCGGGGGCAGCCCUUUGACUCUAGAAUGUAGCGUAGACCUGGCUGUCUCGGCACUUUGUCAUUUAAAACGAGCCAAGCAGAAGCGCCCGCCCUAAUUCCCCUGCCCGUGUUUGCUUUAGUGCCUGUUACUAUAUCCUAGAGCAAAUAUAUUGAAAGCUGCACCCAC